UGGCGUCACGACCCUCGUCGCCGUGGCAACGGCUCCACAACACCUCCCGCUGAUCGCGAGCCGACAUGGAGGAGCCGCGGAUGGAGAAGACCAAGAAGUCACCGAAACGAGUUUUUAUCAACAGCUUGGACUCGUACUCCUCCAGAAACAUCGCCAAGCUUCUGUGUGAACAUGUCGCUGGAACUCCCGCUGAGCCCGAGGAGGAGCUGAAGGCUGAGGAGGAGGAGGAGGAGGACGAGGAGGAGGAGGAAGAGGAGGCGGUGGAGUCAGGAACUCUUCAGGUCGUUGGCAGUGUUUCUGAGAAAUGUGACGAGGAAAGACCGUUUGUUCUGGAGGAGUAUGAGAACCUGGACCGGGAGGAGCUGCUUCUAAAGCUGAGGGACUGUGAUGUCGUCAUCUACAACAUCAGCCAGCACAGUGACCAGCUGGAGGAAGCCUUGUGGGCGGUGACAGCUCUUCACAACGAAAUGGGGAUUUUUUCUGGACCAAAGAUGUUCAUCCUCAUCUCCACGGUGAUGACGUGGGCCUGCAGCAAGCCUGUGGAUCCUGAGGACUUGGAGCUUCCUUUCACUGAUGACAUCUUCUGGAGAAGAAGAGCACACCCCAACUUCAAACAGCACCUGGACCUGGAGAAGGAAGUGGUCAAAAUGGGUAAAACUGACAGAACGUUGUUCUCCACCUACGUGUUGGCGUCAGGACUGCAGUAUGGGAUGGGAGAACAGGUCUUUCACUUCUUCUUCAAGACCUCAUGGCUCGGACACGAACACGCAAUACCUGUCUAUGGAGACGGCAACAAUAUCGUUCCCACAAUUCACAUCAAUGACCUGGCAAGUGUGAUUAAGAACGUGAUUGAGCUUCAACCCAAACCAUACUACCUGCUCGCUGUGGACUCCUCCAACAACACCAUGGAAGACAUUGUGAAGACCGUCGCCUCUGUGCUCGGACCAGGGAAGAUCAGGAAGAGGCCGUUUGAAGAAGCCGCCCUCACACAGGACUUCAGUAUGAUGGAAAUUGAUUCCAUGCUGGUCGACCUUCGCAUGGAGGCGGUGUACCUGAAAGAGCUGUUCUCCAUCAGCUGGGUGUGUGACUCUGGCCUGGUGGACAACAUGGAGCAGGUGGUGGAGGAGUACCGGCUGACCCGAGGCCUGCUGCCCGUCCGCCUGUGUGUACUGGGUCCUCCUGCAGUGGGCAAAAGUACCGUCUCCAGACGGAUCUGCGAACGCUACAAGCUCCACCACAUCACCCUGAAGGAGACCCUCUCUGAAACCAUCGCACAGCUAGAGGAUGCUGUGAUGAAUUCUGAUGUAGAUGGGGAGAACGAGGAUUCGGUUGCCGAGGCCCAAGAGCUGCUGGACAGCCUGAAGGAGAGCAUGGAGCCGGGUGGAGGUGUUCUGGACGACCAGCUGUUGGUGAAGAUGGUGAAGGACAAGCUGACGUCCAACCCGUGUAGAAAUCAGGGUUUUGUUCUGGACGACCUUCCCAGCACAUAUGAACAAGCUAAACAGCUGUUCAGUGCUGAAGAACACGAGUCAGAGGAUGGAACGUCCCAGGGUUCUUCAUACAGCAAGAGGAUCAUGCCAGAGUUAGUGUUGCGCCUGGAGGCGUCAGACACCUUCCUGAAUGACCGAGUGAUGAACCUGCCCGAGGCGCUGGUGCAGGAGCUCAGCUACGAUCCAGAGCUCUUCCUGCGACGCCUGGCCACCUACAGAGAGGACAGCACGGAGGACGAGACUGUGCUCAACUUCUUCGACGAGCUGGACAUCAACUCUCUGUGCCUCGAGGUCAACAGCAGUGGUGAGGCUGACGGCCGGCUGCUGAUCCAGAGGAUCUGCGACACCCUGGGCAAGCCCAGGAACUACGGCCAGAGCAUCCCGGAGGUGAAGGAGGAGGAGAGGAGGAAGGCUGAGGAGAAGAUGAGCAGGGAGUCCCAGGAGAGGGCGGAGGAGGAGCAGAGGCAGGCGGAGGAGGCCAGACACACGGCGGCUCACUGGGAGGAGUGGACUAAGCGUCAGGAGGCGGUGAGGCAGCAGGAGGAGCAGCUGCUGGAGGCCAAGUCCGUCCCCAUGAGGAGCUACCUGACGGAGCACGUCAUGCCAACGCUGACCCAGGGUCUGAUCGAGUGCUGCAGAGCACGACCCGCCGACCCCGUGGACUUCCUGGCGGAGUUCCUGUUCAAAAACAAUCCGUUUGACUACUGAGGGCGGAGGUCACUUCACCCACACAUGUCGCAGAUGCAGAACAAACUACAGCAAUAAAAGCCUUUUUGUUUUCCUCCUAAUGUUGCUGAGUUCUGUAGGAUAUUAAAGACUGGAGGAGGAAACCCCC